AUGACGAAUUACCUGAUCCCCAGACUUGGAAAACGCCCCCCUGACAAGGCCCGGCGGACACACCAAAGGCCUCCGGUAAAGCGGCGCCAGCGCCGUGUCGGGUCUGUAUCAAGUUUUGCUACGAGGGCUGUCUGCGCCCGGGACAGACUCGAACCCUUGGAGGAGCCCGCCGAGGCCCGGCUACCUGCACGCACCUCCGCCGGCGGCCACAGGAGGUGCGGAUCGCAGCGGCCUCCCGCGCGAGUGUGCGGAGCUCCGCACACCGAGGUGCGGCGCCCGGGGCAGCACUGCGCACGCUGCGCGCCCCUGACCGCGGGUCCGCCCGGCGGGGCUCGCCGCUCGCCUAGCUCGGCCGCGGAGGCUCGGAGCCGGGGCGCUCCGGGCCGCGGCGCUGCCUUCCUCGCUCCCCCCCCGACCGCCCGCCCCCGCCCCGUCCGUCCCCGCCCGAGCUCCGGCGGCCUCCGGGAGUCCCUCGGCUCCCCCCACCACCCCCCGCCCCGCGCGGCAGACAAAGGGCCCGGGCAAAUUCGCCGCCCGGCCUCCCAGCGCUCCGGGGAGGCGGCUGCGCCCGCGGGGCCAGAGGCGGCGGCCGCGGGCCGGAGCCGCGAGAUGCGGCCGACUCGCAUCUGCUGCUGCUGCUGCCUGCUCUACCAGCUGGGCUUCCUGUCGAGUGGGCUCGUGGCAGGGCUGCAGUUCGCCCCCGACCGCGAGGAGUGGGAGGUCGUGUUUCCUGCACUCUGGCGCCGGGAGCCGGUGGACGCGGCCAGCGGCAGCGGGGGCAGCGCGGACCCGGGCUGGGUGCGCGGCGCGGCGGCCGGCGGAGGCGCCCGGGCGCAGGCUGCGGGCAGCUCCCGCGAGGUGCGCUCGGUGGCCCCGGCGCCCCUGGAGGAGCCCGCGGGGGCUGAGGCCCGGCCCCGGCCCCCGUCGCCGCCGCAGGGGGGUGAGGAGGACGAGGAGCUCGAGUCGCAGGAGCUGCCGAGGGGAGCCAGCGGCGCGGGCGCCCCGGCCUCGUGGCAGCCGCCCCCGGCCCCGCCCCCGGCCCCGGCCCAGCCCGCCGAGCCCGACGGCGACGAGGUGUUGCUGAGGAUCCCGGCCUUCUCCCGGGACCUGUACCUGCUGCUGCGGAGAGACAGCCGCUUCCUGGCGCCGCGCUUCGCGGUGGAACAGCGGCCGAGCCCGGGCCCCGGCCCCACGGGGGCGGCGGCCGCUCCGCGCCCUCCCGCGCCGCCCGACGCCGCCUGCUUUUACACCGGGGCGGUGCUGCGGCACCCGGGCUCCCUGGCCUCUUUCAGCACCUGUGGAGGUGGCCUGAUGGGAUUCAUACAGCUCAAUGAGGACUUCAUAUUUAUUGAGCCACUCAAUGAUACAGUGGCCAUAACAGGUCACCCACACCGUGCUUAUAGGCAGAAAAGGUCCAUGGAGGAAAAGGUCCCAGAGAAACCAGCCCUUCACAGUCCUUACUGUGGUGUCAUUUCAGAUAAAGGAAGACCUAGGUCUAAAAAAAUAUCAGAAAGUGGAAGAGGGAAACGAUAUUCAUACAAAUUACCUCAAGAAUACAACAUAGAGACUGUAGUGGUUGCAGACCCAGCAAUGGUUUCCUAUCAUGGAGCAGAUGCAGCCAGGAGAUUCAUUCUAACCAUCUUAAAUAUGGUUUUUAACCUUUUCCAACACAAGAGCCUUGGUGUGCAGGUCAAUUUUCGUGUGAUAAGGCUUAUUCUGCUCCAUGAAACUCCAGCAGAUCUCUACAUUGGACACCAUGGAGAGAAAAUGCUAGAAAGCUUUUGUAAGUGGCAGCAUGAAGAAUUUGGCAAGAAGAAUGAUAUACGGUUGGAGAUGUCAACAAGCUGGGGAGAAGACAUGACUUCAGUGGAUGCCGCUGUUCUUAUAACAAGGAAAGAUUUCUGUGUCCACAAAGAUGAACCAUGUGAUACUGUUGGCAUAGCUUACUUGAAUGGAAUGUGUAGUGAAAAGAGAAAAUGUAUUAUUGCUGAAGACAAUGGCCUGAAUCUUGCAUUUACAAUUGCUCAUGAGAUGGGUCACAACAUGGGCAUUAACCAUGACAAUGACCACCCAUCAUGUGCUGAUGGUCUUCAUAUCAUGUCUGGUGAAUGGAUUAAAGGACAAAAUCUUGGUGAUGUCUCAUGGUCCCGGUGUAGCAAGGAAGAUUUGGAGAGAUUUCUGAGGUCAAAGGCCAGUAACUGCCUGCUACAGACAAAUCCCCAGAGUGUCAAUUCUGUGAUGGUUCCCUCCAAACUGCCAGGAAUGACAUACACGGCAGACGAGCAAUGUCAGAUUCUCUUUGGGCCACUGGCUUCCUUUUGUCAAGAAAUGCAGCAUGUUAUUUGCACGGGUUUGUGGUGCAAGGUGGAAGGUGAGAAAGAAUGCAAAACCAAACUAGAUCCACCAAUGGAUGGAACUGAUUGUGACCCUGGUAAGUGGUGUAAGGCUGGAGAAUGUACCAGCAGGACCUCAGCAUCUGAACACCUGGCCGGAGAGUGGAGCAUGUGGAGUCCCUGCAGCCGAACCUGCAGUUCUGGGAUCAGCAGUCGAGAGCGCGAAUGUCCUGGGCUAGGUUCUGAAGCAAGGGAUUGUAAUGGUCCCAGAAAACAAUACAGAGUAUGUGAGAAUCCACCUUGUCCUGCAGGUCUGCCUGGAUUCAGAGAGUGGCAAUGUCAGGCCUAUAGUGUUAGAACUUCGUACUCAAAGCAUGUACUUCAGUGGCAAGCUGUCCUGGAUGAAGAAAAACCAUGUGCCUUGUUUUGCUCUCCUGUGGGAAAAGAACAGCCUAUACUCCUGUCAGAAAAAGUGAUGGAUGGCACUUCUUGUGGAUAUCAGGGACUGGAUAUCUGUGCAAAUGGCAGAUGCCAGAGAGUUGGCUGUGAUGGUUUAUUAGGAUCUCUUGCAAGGGAAGAUCAUUGUGGUGUAUGCAAUGGCAAUGGAAAAUCAUGCAAAAUUAUUAAAGGGGAUUUUAAUCAUACCAGAGGAGCAGGUUAUGUGGAAGUGCUGGUGAUACCUGCUGGAGCAAGAAGAAUCAAAGUUGUGGAAGAAAAGCCGGGACACAGCUAUUUAGCUCUUCGGGAUGCUGGGAAACAGUCUAUUAAUAGUGACUGGAAGAUUGAACAUUCUGGAGCAUUCAAUUUAGCUGGAACCACUGUCCAUUACAUCAGACGUGGCCUCUGGGAGAAGAUCUCCGCCAGAGGUCCUACUACAGCACCUUUACACCUCCUGGUGCUCCUGUUUCAAGACCAGAACUACGGUCUUCACUAUGAAUACACUAUCCCCUCAGACCCUCUGCCAGAGAACCAGAGCUCUAAAGCGCCUGAGCCCCUCUUCAUGUGGACACACACAGGCUGGGAAGAUUGCGAUGCCACAUGCGGAGGAGGAGAAAGGAAGACAAUGGUGUCCUGUACAAAAAUCAUGAGCAAAAACGUCAGCACUGUGGACAAUAAGAAGUGCAAAUACUUAACUAAGCCUGAGCCACAGAUUCGAAAGUGCAAUGAGCAGCCAUGUCAAACAAGGUGGAUGAUGACCGAGUGGACCCCCUGUUCACGAACUUGUGGAAAAGGGAUGCAGAGCAGGCAGGUGGCCUGCACCCAACAACUGAGCAAUGGAACUCUGAUCAGAGCCCGCGAGAGGGACUGCGCUGGGCCUAAACCUGCCUCUGCCCAGCGUUGUGAGGGCCAGGACUGCAUGACUGUGUGGGAGGCAGGAGUGUGGUCUGAGUGUUCUGUCAAGUGUGGCAAAGGCGUCCGUCAUCGGACUGUGAGGUGCACCAAUCCCAGAAAGAAAUGCGUGGUCUCUACCAGACCCAGAGAGGCUGAGGACUGUGAGGAUUAUUCAAAAUGCUACGUGUGGCGAAUGGGUGAUUGGUCUAAGUGCUCAGUUACCUGUGGCAAAGGAAUGCAGUCCCGUGUCAUUCAGUGCAUGCAUAAGAUCACAGGAAGACAUGGAAAUGAGUGUUUUUCUUCAGAAAAGCCUGCAGCAUACAGGCCAUGCCACCUGCAGCCCUGCAAUGAGAAAAUUAAUGUGAAUACAAUAACAUCACCCAGACUGGCUGCUCUGACCUUCAAGUGCCUGGGAGACCAGUGGCCAGUGUACUGCCGAGUGAUCCGCGAGAAGAAUCUGUGUCAGGACAUGCGGUGGUAUCAGCGCUGCUGUGAGACAUGCAGGGACUUCUAUGCUCAAAAGCUGCAGCAGAAGAGUUGA